AUGGACUCAUCAGAAUUUACAUGGGGAAUUGUGUCCAUUGAGGUUCUAGUGCAAGACCCACAGUGCAAUAUCAAUGCUGUAAGUCUGGAGCAAGUGUCACAAGAGCUUGAAACAGAUGCUGCUAAUGUAACAAUUUACCAGCCAAACUCUUCUGUAAUCAUAAUGCCAUGGACUAGUCUAAGCCUUGUGGGAUUGCCUCUUUUUACAGUCUGCCUUCUGUAUCUGAGCACAAGGCAGUCGGACAGAACAAUGAUGAGCAAGAGGGGUCAAGCAUCCACUGAUGAAGCUGCUUUGGAAUGUGCUUCUUCAGACAACAUAUCUAUUGAAGAAGGCUGCGAGGAAGUCCAUCGCUUUCAGGACAAUGAGAAGAAUGCAGUCCAGUACAGUUACUCCUUCUUUCAUUUCAUCUUAUUCCUGGCUUCUCUCUAUGCAAUGAUGAUGCUAACAAACUGGAACAGAUGGUGGUGUGCCAAGCAUCAUGCAGUGAACAGUCCAACUCCAACUUUAAUGUCCUACCUUAACUGCAAAAACACCAGCACCCCUUGA